CAUGGAGGGGCGCGUGAGCCCCGUGGGCUCGUCCCACAGCAUCCCCGCCGCGGGCGUGCUGUUCCGUGGCCCCGUAGAGCCUGUCGUCUUCCUGGCCAACUUUGCUCUGGUCCUGCAAGGCCCGCUCACCACGCAGUACCUGUGGCACCGAUUCAGCACUGAGCUUGGCUACAAUGGCACCCGCCACCGGGGGAACUGCGGGAACCAGAGCGCGGACCCCAUCAUGAAGGAAGUGGAGACCCUGACUUCCCACUGGACCCUCUACAUGAACGUGGGAGGCUUUCUGGUGGGACUUUUCUGGUCCACCCUUCUGGGAGCCUGGAGUGACCGCGUGGGUCGCCGCCCACUGCUGGUGCUGUCCUCUCUUGGCCUGCUGGUCCAGGUCGUGGUGUACAUCUUUGUGGUGCAGCUACAACUGCACGUCGGCUUCUUCGUGCUUGGCAGAGUUCUUUGUGCCCUUCUAGGAGACUUCAAUGGCCUCCUGGCCGCUAGCUUUGCCUCUGUGGCAGAUGUCAGCUCUAAUCACAGUCGCACCUUCCGCAUGGCUCUGCUGGAAGCAUGCAUUGGUGUGGCUGGGACCCUGGCAAGCCUUCUCGGGGGUCAUUGGCUCCGGGCCCAGGGUUAUGCCAACCCCUUCUGGCUGGCUUUGGCCCUGCUGAUCGUCAUGACCCUGUAUGCAGCAUUCUGUUUUGGUGAAACAGUAAAGGAGCCAAAGUCCACCAGGCUUUUCACUCUCCACCAUCACCGAGCCAUUGUCAAGCUGUAUGUGGUCCCAGACCCAGAGAAGUCCAGGAAGCAUAUAGCCCUGUACUCAUUGGCCAUCUUCGUUGUGAUCACUGUGCAUUUUGGAGCUCAAGACAUCCUGACACUCUAUGAGCUGAGCACGCCCCUCUGCUGGGACUCCAAGCUGGUUGGCUAUGGCUCCGCAGCCCAGCAUCUACCCUACCUCACUAGCCUGGUAGGCCUAAAACUUCUGCAGUACUGCCUGGCAGACACCUGGGUGGCUGAGAUUGGCCUGUCCUUCAAUAUCCUGGGCAUGGUAGUCUUUGCAUUUGCUACGACCACACCCCUCAUGUUUACAGGGUAUGGGUUGCUUUUCCUGUCAUUGGUCACUACACCUAUCAUCCGGGCCAAGCUCUCCAAGUUGGUGGGCAAGUCAGAGCAGGGAGCUCUCUUUUCUGCGGUGGCCUGUGUGAAUAGCUUGGCCAUGCUGACGGCCUCUGGCAUCUUCAACUCACUCUACCCAGCCACUCUGAACUUCAUGAAGGGCUUCCCCUUCCUCCUGGGAGCUGGCCUCCUCUUCAUCCCGGCCAUUCUGAUUGGAGUCCUGGAGAAGGCUUAUCCAAGCCCUGAAUUCCAGCAGUUUUCUCAGAGUUCCUGAUCUGCCAGAAGCCAUGAGGAACGGUGGACCUGCCCCAGCUGGCCUUCUGAAGGCAAUACUCACUUUUGACUGGUCAAGCCAGUUAUGGACUG